CUCUUUUUCUCCCUUUACUUUUCUUUCUUACCAAAUAUAGCAACAAAAAAAAACAUUUUCUGCCCAAGAAAAAUACUAAGUUUCUGUCAUGGAGGUCCCGAUGAUUAACAGAAUAAGCGAUUUUGACGUGGGGAUAAACUCGAUAAACGACCCGUCGGUUUUGUCUCGAGCUUUUGCCGUCUCCGGUGCCGGAAAGUUACAUCAAGCUUAUAGUUUCUGGAAAUGGGGCGCUUUAUUGCUACUUGCAUUUUUUGCUUCAUUCACAUCGUUAACUACAAGAAUCAAGGCUUUAGUCUUUAGAUUAAGAAAUGUAAACGUGUCUCUACCUUCCCCAACUCUUUUGUGUAAUUACGACAGCGAUUCCGAUUGGUCUUUUGCGUCAGACUCUUCAGACGAAGAUGAUGACGAUGACAAAGAAGAUGAAUCGGUCAAUGGAAAUCUACGCGUUAAAAGAUUUAGUUAUUUCCAUGAUGAUGAUGAUAAGGGUAUAAAUGGAAAUGUCCCUUGGUUGCGGCGGUGUGGUAGCUUCGGAGACUUGUUAGAUUUAGGCUCAAGCGGAGUCGUGAAGCUUUGGGACAAUCUUGAUUUCAACGGAGAAGGAAGUCAUCGUAACGCGGUGGCUUCUUUUUUGAGCAAAUGCGGCUCUUAUUCGUUGUUGUCGUCGGCGGUUUUAUUAGCGGCGGAGAAGAAAGGAUCCGACGGCUUGGAAGUGAGUGCGUGGGAUGCACGCGUCGGUUUUGGGGUCCCCGCGUUGCUCGCGGAAUGGAAGCAGCCGGGGCGGUUACUUGGGAAGAUCAUUAGGGUUGACGUUGGUGACGUGGAAAAGAUCUACGUCGGUGAUGACGUCGGAGGAGAGAUUAGUGUGGGAGACAUGAGGAUGUUUAACGGUGCGUUGACCGAAUCAGAGGUUGAGGGAAUGGUGAGAAGACGCCGACGCCGUCAUUGAGCUGACGGUUCCGUUGGGAAGAUGUAUUGAUGAUAAAUGAUUGGCAUGGUA